CACUGCCAGUAAGAAAAAGGGAGCGAAGCGCGCACACUUAGCUUAAAAAAAGAGAAAACAAUUGGCGUUUUUUAUUUAAUUGUGUUGCUUUAACGCGAUGUACGGACUAAAGUUUACACCCGGAGGACGGAGAAAACCCGCGGGCGUACCCGAUAAGGUGGACAUGUCACUAGAUGACAUCAUUCGGUUGAAUAAAAAAGAGCAGAAGACAAAUAAGAAAGGAGCUGCCACGUACCGACGACCAGCCUUGAAGAAAGGUCGUCCAACUCAAGGGAAAAGAGUUUGGUCCAGCAAUGGUGGUCCAGUUUUAAAGGGUAACACAAAAGGUGGCGUGUUCAGACGAGGAGCGCCUAAACUCAGGAAUGGUAGACUACAGGUCAUUCAGGGUGUACGGCGUGGUCAAGGGGUCAUCACCGGGCUCGCAGCACGAAAGACAGCAGCCUUCUUCAGACCAACCCGUCAGAAAACAAAGCAGAAACCAGCGCCUGUCGUCCAACGCUUACAGCUGCCGUACAGGAAGCAGCAGGAACCACAGAGGAUACAAAAUAGGAUAGCAGUCAAAAGGCCAUUUCAACUGCGACGACGUCCUCUCCCUCCUGUGCAUCAGACGCAGAAAGAGGCUCGCCAGACCACAUUUCUUCAUAAUAGAGGACUGAAGGUUCAAGCUGUGGUCCACAAGGCAAAUCCUCACACACUUCCCAGCAGAAGUCGGCCAUGGCGCGCGUCAGCAAGCAACAAUGGAAUGCUAACUGUAUCAAUAGACAACCCCACCGCCAUGACUCAGCCCGAGCCCCCUUCCGCUUGGACUCUGCACCCGCCGACCGCCGGGUCGAUUCCCGCCGACCUGAAAACGGACGUAAAGAAGACGCCCAAAGGAAUCCCUCUCCAGUUCGACAUCAACAGCGUCGGCAAACCGCAGACGUCGAUAACGCUGAAUGAGAGAUUCCGCAUCCUAAAAGACCGGCGCACAGUCGCAGCACAAAGGGGGGUGUCCAGACUUCAGUGCGGCCUGUCUGCGUCUUCAGUUCGGUCACCAAGUCACCAUGCCUGCAGAGUUCCAACAUCUCCAUUGUAAAAACGCUCUAGAAGUCUAGAAUGAAAGAGUAUAUAAGUGAAUUGACAAGAGUGUGUACCUUCAGUGAUGAAUGAUGAGCAGAGGCAGAGUUUGGAGUGUCUUCUUUGGCUCGCUUUCCAUGUUUAUGUGCUCACUGUCCAGGUACUUGGAAAAUGUUUUUGUGCCAUUUGCCGUUUGACGCCCGAUAUCAUGCUAAUUAGCUGCCUGAAAGCGGGUGACUCCACUGUAGAAAUAGCCUUCAUGUCAGCUGCAUUCGGGCGGAAGGCGGUGUACACCCUGGACAAGUCGCCACCUCAUCGC